CAGUCAUCAGUGUCCCGUUGUUGUCAGUUGUCGCAGCGUCGUAGAGGGUGGAUGUCGUCUGGUCGUUCUUAAAAGUUUUGUCCUAAGCGUUUAGCGUUAUCAGUUCAGUACAGCUUUUACUAAUAAGUAGGACGUAAGGCUUCUCAAACACGAAACGCAUGACGCAGCAGAAUUAUCAGCGCAAGUGUAUGGUUGACGUAUAGAAUUUAUUUGCGCCGUUAUUUGCUAACCACUGUCGUACGAUCGGUAAUAUGUUUAUCCCGACGGUUAUCUCCGCAAAAUUUUAAAUAUUCGCAUGUAGUGCUGCACGGGUGAAGAGUGAAAGAGAAAAAAGACGAAGGUACGAAAUAAAUAUGCCUCCUCGAUUGAGCAAGUUUUCAAUUUCGGCAACUUGUAUUGACUAUGUUCAUCCCUGGACUAAUUCAUGUGUCAGCGCGACCGCUGGUCUGGGACUCCACGCCUUGCAAGAAUCAUUACGGAUUUAUACUACCGUCUAUUUAGUAACUUUGCUGAUGAAAGGAAGGAUUCCUUCAAAAGAUGACAUCAGGCGAACUGUGCUCGGUGUGCUUCAAUCGACAGCUUUUUUGUCAUGGAGCGCGUUCUCUUACUCCAUUUUCCUCUGUUUACUAAGACGGGCAUCUGGGAACUUCAACAUUCUGACAGUAUCGUUCCUGCCAUCUUUUUUGUCCAACCUCGCAGCCAUUGUGAUAGAAAGGCCAUCGCGGCGUACACUGCUAUGUUUAUACGUAUCAAACAUCGCUACGGAAACGGUGUUCAGAGCAGGUGUAUGGAGAGGGUACUUCUCGGUGAUUCCACGUGGUGAAGUGUACAUUUUUGCUGCUAGUAUAGCAAUGAUGUUGUACUAUUUUCGCAGUGAGAAAAACCAACAGGAUUCCAUAUUCAAAAUCCUUCAAUUUGUUAUUGGGCCAUAUGAGAGAUAUAACUGCAGUGAAAUCAGAAGAGAGCCACAUACUUUAGCCCCGAAAUGUUUACAAAAACGUAGAAUAACCAAUAAAUCUAAUAAUCAAAUAUUUAAUGCUUGCCACCGUGGCCUUGCUGUGUAUAAACAUGUAAUUGAGAGACUUAAAGCUUGGCACAAACAUCUAUCUUGCCCACAUCCUUUCAGUUGUGCUCAUUACGUUAUAUCGGGAGGCACUAAAUUGUUCGGAAUUGGAAUUGGGGUCCAAUUAGCAAUAAAAUUGGUCUUGCAGUGGAAAAAAAUAUUCGGUAGACCAAAAAUUGCCAAGCAGAUAAUAUUUAGGAGAGAAAAUUUGUACCUGGGAAUGUUUAUUGGAGGAUUUACAGGAAUAUAUAGAAUGCUGUCUUGCGGGUUGAGGAGAGCUUUUGGAAAAGAUUCACGCUAUUAUGCAAUACCAGCUGGUAUCGCGGCGAGUGUUGCUUUUACGAUGUAUCCAGAUAAUACAAUCGCUUUGUACGUAAUGUGGAAAGCGUUACAGAUACUUUGGAAUAGUGGGGUAGCCACUGGAAAACUACCGGAGGUCAAGUGGUUCAUAAUAGUACUUUAUUGCUUUAGUACAGCGAUUCUUUUUCAUGCUGCGAUUAUUGAGCCGCAAAAUUUGAGAUCCUCGUACUGGAAAUUCCUACACAAUUUAUCCGGAGGAAGAAUAGCUACAAUGGCCAGAAAACCGUUGGAUGAGUUUGGUUUAGGAACUAGUGCUUCUCUGGCAGAAGUACUCAGAAAAACUCAAACAACUGAUCAGAUUUCUUAUUCGUUUUAACGUGAAGUAAAUGCAUCACGCGUUUUAUAACAAAGAAAGAAAGGUAUUGAUCAUAAUCAGAACAAGCCUAUGAGGCUUAUAGUUGCUUAUAUUCAAUGCAUAUUGGGUAUUUUUCUUGAUAUAGGAAUAUUUGCCAAUACCUAAAUAAUCGAAUUUUUUAUAAUGUAUCAUAAAUUUCUGUAGGUAGGCGCGAGGAAAAAACUAUAACAAUUAUCAAAUUGUGACUAAUUGUAUGAAUAUCAAAUCAUGGCAUUUUUGGUAAAAUACAAUUAUCUGUAAUCAACAGAUAACGAGAAAAUUGCUUGAUUAAAGUCUAAAAUUAUAGUUGGGUGGACAGAGUAAAAAGGUUUAUUAUCGUAGGAGGGGGGAGUGUAAAAAAUAAUCAAACGCUGUAUGCAAACAUGAAAAUAUAUUUGAGGAUAGUAAGUCAUUUUUAUAAGACAUUUUUGUAAUAAUAAUGAUAAUAUCUACUUUAAGGUAAUGGAUCACCUGCGAACCGAUUCAAAUUCGGAUAUUCAGUAGUUUCAAGCUAAAUAUUAUCCAGCGUUAUGUGUGCCUUAGAAAAUUUUCAAUGACCUUUACUUGUUAAUGGGAACGGUCGCGCUGGUUUGCAAAAGGUCAAUUAAUUUUGUGAAACUGUACGAAAACUAGUUUUGCUGGCGUACAUUGUAGAUGGACGGCAAGUUCACAUCUAUUGCUUCAUGAAUAUUUUCUCUUUGUUUUCAUCGGUUAAUUCGAAGGGCGAGGGAUAAGCCCUUAACAGUAAACCAUUUUUUUUGCUGUUUGUCGAACUUCGUAAUUCCUGGUGAAACUUAUCAUAAAGUGAAAUCAUUAUACGGAUAUUCAUGAUAUGUAGAAACAAUUGAACUACUUAUAAAUCUCGUAUUUUUUGCCGUUUUUAAUUUUUAUACGCAUUACUUGAUUUUUUUCAGAGCAUUUACCAUAUUUCUGGAGUAUAAACAGUAGGGUGGUUGAAAAAGAAUGUUUUUUUUUCGCUCUUACCCCCUCAAAUGUCAGUGUUUGAUAGAAAAAACAAAUCCUUUCGCAAGGUGAGCUCUCUAGCUCAAGUUUAACAGGUUGCUCUUUUAAUUUUUAUUUCUCAUUCAUUCGUGAUAGAAAAAUGUAGCUUUUCGUUGAAAGUUAAAAUAUUCGUUAAAUUCAUGCAGAGAUCCGUGAAGCUGACCUCUUCGAGUUUUCCAAAUUUCCAAAACAAAGCAUGAGUAUCAUCAUUAGAACACUACCGAUUUUCUCUUUUUUCGUAAAAAUCAGUAGUUUUCAAAUGACCGUAAUGUGGAUUUUAAUGACCUAAACUAUAAUUUUUUUUACCACCCUAGUAAACAGGUUUUGAAUUAGUGGAAGACUUAUUGACUGCAAAAGGAAAUAAUGUAUGGGGCUUUCUCCGCCAGAACGUACGAGAAUAAAAAUUCGAAUUUUUCAUUCAAUCAAAAUUUUUAUGGCUGAUUACACCUAAUGAGAUGAACUUUCACAAUUUUUUUCGAUUUUUUUCGUUCGUGUGUUAUUGAGUUAUGAAUUAAAAAAAAAAAUUUCUUUUAAUUUUUUAAUUCUGCAGAAUAUGACUUCUGUAUCAUCAAAUCAGGCAAGAAGAUUUUGUUAAAUUUUGACUCCGGAACUCGUUUGGCUAAGUGUACUAUCUUGAAGAUCAGGGAGUAUUUUUAACAAAACUUUUGCGAGUUAAAUCCUUCUAUCAAUAUUCAAUAAUCUGUCCAUGCUGUGAUGUUUCUUUCUACUAGGAAAGCAUGAAAUUUGUGGAAAAGUCGGAUUUUUUUGUAAAUAUAUAAAUCUAAACUGAUGUGAAUUGACAGGUCAAAAAAGACGUGUUUCAUGAUUAUAUAGACAUUUAUUAAAAAAUAAUCUACAAAGAAUCAAAAAAAAAUUCCACAUUUUCUUAAAUUAGCGUUAGGUACGAUAGAAAAAAUUCAUAUCAGUAUAGAUUUAAUUACAAAAAAAUUCAACUUUUCCAGGAAUUGUAUGCUGUCCUAGUAGAAAAAAAUAUCGCAACAUGGACAGAUUAUUUAAUAUUGAUAGCACGAUUCAACUCGCGAAAGUUUUGUUAAAAGCACUCCCUAGUCUUGAAGAUAGUAAAAUUAAGUAAACGAGUUCCAGAGGGAGUCAAAAUUUGACAAAAACCUGGUGUCUGAUUUGAUACAGAAGUUUUAUUCUGCAGAACAAAAUUUGAAAUUGGAAAAAAACAUGAAAUGAGAUGUGACCACGACAAAUUCGACGGCAUAAUUUGUUUAAAAAAACAAUGUUUGUUAUGAGUAUUUAAAAAAAAAAAAAAAAACGUAUCCAAUCUCUCGAAAUUGUGAAGUUUGAGGGUUAAAUGAAAAAAUCAUAUCGCAAAUGACAAUAAUGAGGUUUUUUUCUUUUUUUUUCUCAAAGUAUACUUGAAUACAAACAUUGAAAAAAAUACUUUUCAAAAAUUCAUAUCUCAAGAACACACGAAUGAAAAAAAAAAUCGUAAAAGCUUAUGUCAUUAGGUUUAAUCACCCAUAAAAAUUUUAUAUUUUUUUAUAUACAUUUUGUCUUUCAUUUUAUCGAAUAAUUAGAAUUUACUAUCAGUACCCUUAAAAUGUACAAAUGCAUUCCAUCCCAUAAUUGUUACCAUUAUUAUUCAUUGAAACACAGUCUAAACAAUUUGUUAUCUAUUUAUGUGUUGUAUAUUAAACUUGACUUAAGGUGAGGAAAUUAUUUAUAUCAUUAAAUGUAUUAACG